AUGUGCUCGGUGGCUCGCAGAGAAAUUGAUGGCUGGCUUUUCCUUCUCCAUUUCCCUAGAAUCAGCUCGAUCAGAUCCUCUGAAUCCUUCUACCAACCCCAAGCAUUUCAAACCUCGCUGGCUGGACAUCUCGAAUCGAUCUACUCGGCUCCCUCCACACUGUGAUUUGACUAUUUUGGACAGGUCCAUAGCUGAUAGAAGCUUUAUAUCAUAUCCUGAUUUAUAGCUUUCCUCCCCAGACAUCAUGCGCCCGUCAGGAGAAAGCUCACAACCGAUGUCUACCUCAUCAUCUUCGUCAAACCAUGCCGAUACUUACAUGCCUGGCACGUCUAUCAAUUUCUUCAACACCGUCACGCCGGUGUCUGACUGGUCCGAGGAGGACGUCAAGGGAUGGCUCCAAGCGGUAGGGUUCGAUGAACUGGCGCACGUCUCCGAAGAGCAAGGAAUCGACGGGGCCGUCUUGAUCCACCUUGAUUCUGAAAGCCUGAGAGAUUUGGGCUUCGUCAAGGUGGGCCAGAGAUUGCGCUUGAUGCGCUUGAUCAAUGAACUCAUGGGUCUCGCCGACAAUUUCGAUUUGGCCGACAGUAAUCCCAAGAUGAUCGGUGACCAGAUAAACUCAGAGUGUAACCUAUGGAAUUGUUUCCAAACUCAGAAUGAUCGAAUCAGAUUGCUGGAAGAUCAAGUGUGGAACUUGAAAGAGACCACCAAGUUCCUCAGGGAACGGACUGAUAGCUUGAGCAGUUUCAAUACGAAUUGGGCAAUGCAGUCGUCAUGUCCGAAUUCAUUGGCUCUGCAAUCAUCGAAACCGUCGGCUGACAGCGGCAAUUCUACCCCACCCACGACGGCAUCGUCUAUUCGGACGGCCAUCACUUGUUUGACCUCUAAUAAUCAGAACAAGGCAUCCCAUGAUACGAUCUCGAAUGAGUCUGAUUCGGCGGUCGAACAUUACACCCCUAGAUUUCAUGAUGCAACAGAGCAUCCUACCUGCGGCUUGGAUCGUUUCACGCUUGCGUCCCCAAUCCAAUCCAUCAAGAAGAACGUCUCUGCAAGGGAUCCUUCCUCGCCUCAAAAUGCAAACGAUGACCCAUAUACCGACACUGGCUCAUCUUCCUCCAACAGCAGAACACCCCAGCCCGGUGUCUCUCCCCAUAAUAUUACCUUUUCGCCAAACACCCAUUCGUCUAAGAAGCCCUCCGGAUCCAACGCUUUCCGCAAUUCUCAACAAUCCACCCGUAGCUUGGCCGACCUUCGCCGGAAAUUCUCUGGCUCAAACCAUGAUGAGUUUGGAUCGCACCACAACCCGCCAGCGACAGCCACCGGCACGGGGCUUCCGGCGGCUCGAAAGCCUUCAUUGGUGACUCGUCGUGUGGGAGCCCCUGCGCAAGGCAUAGGUUCACGCUCGAUGCGUAGUGGAGGUGCUCUCAACGAAAACAGGGCCGGUGGUGUUUGGAAACGCUCAUCGAUCACCACAAUUCUGUCUGGCUUGCCCGACGAUAUCAAACCGCUUUCGACUUCAAAGCCCGACCUUAUCAAUCCAUUGAGCCCCACCUCAAUCAACCGAUCCGCCUCCACUUCUAAUCUCAAGAUCGCCAAUAGUUCCGACCCCAAAUCCGCAAACAGACUCAAGCGGGUCAACACCGAGACUAGCAUGCGUGUCAAAUCAAACACCGAGCAGACCGUAAUCGAGGUGCUCUCCAACCACCUUUCAAGCUUCUAUGCGGAUGAACCUCAUGCAUGGUCGAAGCAUGUGUUGCUACUCAGAAUUAAUGAUGUCAAAGAAUAUUGUCUCAGUUACGACGACAUCCCGCUGAAGGUUUAUCGCUCCUUCACAUCCCGUGAUGGGGUCGACUUCGCCAUCCGCUCGAUCGACGAAAUCCCCUCCCCCUUGAGGCUCACCGGAAACAGUCGCAAGAAGAAUCUGAGCUUCGACCUCGAGCAGAAGUUUGCAGCAGACGAUUCAAAGUCGCCGCCUGAUGGCGAAAUCAGGAAGGCUGAAGUCGAUACUAAACCGUUGACUUAUGGCCUCGCCAUUUGCGGCUACCAAGCUGAAGCGCCCGGAGAGUUGACCAUCAAAGCUGGAGAGUCUUUCAAGCUGAAGUCACAUUCGAAAGGCAGAUACUAUCUAGAGAGGGAAAGUAAUGUACUUCUCGGCUCGCCUCUGUUGGCAACAAACAUGACGCCAUCGCCAUCGCCGACGCGGUUCGGGACUGAGUGUUCGAGUGAAAAUGUAGGCUGGGUUGCGGAGAGCUGCAUCCUGGAGAGCACCAAGUCGAUGCGGACGUUGAACGCGAACGGAUCCUCGCUGAAGCAUCUCAUCUCGAGCCCUCUAGAUGGGGCGAGUGAAUGUUUUGAUCUGGAGAAUCUGACGAGUCCCAAGAUCACUCUGGUCUCCUUCCAGUCCCAGCCCACCACUUGGUCCGGGGAACUCAACAACGUCAUGCAGGCCGAGAAGAUCCGGGUGUUCAACCACAAGACCCGGUUCCAUUGGGUCUAUUGUUUGCGCGAAUCCAGUGGCGAACGCGGCUGGCUUCCCAAGUGGAUCCUCUCCUCGAACCUCCAAGUGUUCCCAGACCCACACUCUCCGGCCUCCCACAGCAAGCUCCAGAAAUACCUGUUACAACAAUCGAGCAGUAGGGUAGGAGGAGGAGCAGGAGGAGGAGGCAAGUCAACGGACUCGAUCUCGGAGCUCAAUUCGAACCGGAAAGCCGUCAUGCUCGGCCGCUCGGCUUCCACCGUCAGUCCGCAGAAACAAGCGACCAACAAAGCUGUCGACGGCAGCCCUACUUCUAUGCGCGCCCUUCGCACCCAACGCAGCCAACACUUCACUCCAACAACGCUGGCCAUCUCCAUCGACCCGCCCCCCCUCAAACAGAUCAUCACCCGUCACAGACCCGACGGCUCGCUCGCCACCUCCGAGGAAGGCUCGGACUCCGGAGCCUCCUUGACUCGCUCCGUCACCGACGGCUCUCGGACUACUCACUUCACCCCCCGGAGUCGGAGGUCUAGAGCUAGCGGGACUUGGGACUUGUGAGACUUACAACUCGCCCCCCCCCCCAGACAUUUUUCCAUUCUUUUUUCUCC